UCUAAAAAGAGAUAGCCCGGCCCAAACAUAAGAGGCAAUGAUAAACGGCAUAGUAGCAAAUAAACCUUACUUACUAGGGUUUGUAUCCAUAACCAACACUUCACCGGCGCGGUAGAGUUUCAUCCAAAACCAGAAACCAUGGGGCGUAUGCAUAGUAGUGGUAAGGGUAUAUCCUCCUCCGCUUUGCCAUACAAGCGAACUUCUCCUAGCUGGCUCAAGAUCUCUUCACAAGAUGUGGAUGAAAAUAUUUGCAAGUUUGCUAAGAAGGGUUUGACUCCUUCUCAGAUCGGUGUUAUUCUCCGUGAUUCUCACGGUAUUGCUCAGGUCAAGAGUGUUACCGGAAACAAAAUCCUCCGCAUUCUCAAAGCUCACGGACUUGCCCCUGAGAUUCCUGAGGAUCUAUACCAUUUGAUCAAGAAGGCAGUUUCGAUCCGCAAGCAUUUGGAGAGGAACAGGAAGGACAAGGACUCUAAGUUCAGGCUCAUUCUUGUUGAGAGCAGAAUCCAUAGGCUUGCUCGCUAUUACAAGAAAACUAAGAAGCUUCCCCCUGUGUGGAAAUAUGAAUCAACAACCGCCAGCACUCUAGUUGCUUAAGGAUUGUACCGGCUCAUAUUUCUCAAGUUCCGGUUACAGUGGAUUGUUCCACUUGCAAUCUGCUGGGACAUUUUGAUGUUUAUCCAGAGUUUAGAUGGACCAUGCACUUUCUUAUUUUGUUAAGAACAGAGAUAUUAUUUUACCUUUAGUGUGUUGUAAUUCUUUUUAAGUAACAUCAAACUGCUUGAAAGUCAUUUUAAACAAUCUUUGUAUUUCUGCA